AUGUCUAUUGAUGAGCUUGAGCCAUCUCUUCUUGGAACAAGAAAAUAUUGGGAUUUUGUUUUUAAAAAUGAGCGUGAAAAUUUUGAAAGUUUUAAGGAUUAUGGGGAAAUAUGGUUUGGUGAAGAUUUAGAAAAUAAAAUAAUCAACUGGUUAAAAAAUAAUAUAUCUCCGCAACCCGAUCUUAAAAUUCUUGAUAUUGGUUCUGGAAAUGGUCAUUUUUUGUGUUCUUUGAGUAGUAAAGGUUAUAGUUCUUGUAUUCUUGUUGGAAUAGAUUAUUCAGAUGUUGCUAUUCAAUUAUCAAAAACUAUUGCUAAUGAACGAGGAAUAAAAAAUAUUAGUUUUGAAACUCUAGAUAUUUUGAAUUCUGAAGACUAUUUUAAUGAGAAAUGGGAUGUUAUCUUUGAUAAGGGUACUUUUGAUUCUAUAUCACUUAAUGAUGAAAUCAUUAGAGAUACUAGAGCAUGUUUAUUGUAUCCUGCACGUAUAAAGAAAUUAAUUAAAAAAGGUGGAUUUUUUAUAAUAACAAGUUGCAAUUGGACGAAAGAAGAAUUGAUCUUUAAAUUUUCAUCUGAAGAUCUUAUAUAUCAUUCGUCUAUAGAUGGUCCUACGUUUUCUUUUGGUGGCGGUUAUGGUUCAUGUUUUUCUACAAUUAUUUUUACACUUUAG